AUGAUCCUAUGGCCUCCAAGGCUUGAUUCUCACUGGCUAACCCCCUGUUUCUCAAUAGCCGGCCGAUCGUCCCGACCGACCGUCCAACGGUGCAUGACUAGGAGGUCCAACAAGGACAACCUAGUUGAACAUCCAGAGAUAGACAAGCUUGAGAAGCACUUAGGAAGCAAAAAGCCCAAGAGAUGGCCGACGAAGCAGCUCGCGCUCACGCCGCUGAAGUGGCGCGCUAAUGAAGAAGGAAGAGAUCCACCUCCUCCUUCCUAA